AAGUAAAUAUUGGGUGUGGCCUUUUUGUUCCUGGGUCUAAUGACAACAUGGCGGCUCCUCUGGAAGUGAUUGUUAGCAGCGACUCGGCUUCGCAGCUCUGGAACUGCACCGUGUUCGACCUGCACAGUGGCUCCAGUCUCCUGUCCUACCGGGGAGGGAACUCCUCCGCGCGGAGCCUCUCUGUCCUCCGGGGAGACUUUCUGCUGUCGGCGCAACUCUCCAAGAACUUCAUCAACGUGUGGGAGAUCCAGAGGAAGGAUCAGCUGCAGCAGAAGAUAGUUUGUCCAGGUGUGGUCACAUGUCUGACUGCCUCACCUGAUGGAGCCUUUCUUGCUGUUGGAGUGGCAGAGGCUGUUUACCUGUGGGAGGUGUGCACAGGUAAGCUGCUGUGUGUGCUCAGUCGACAUUACCAGGACAUCACAUGUUUAAAGUUCACAGAUGACGGCAGCCAUUUGGUUUCUGCGGGGAAAGACAACCUGGCAUUGGUGUGGAGCUUGUGCAGUGUCACCCAGAUGGAUUUAAGCAAUACCCCCGAGCCUCGUCAUGUCCUUUCCCAUCACUCUUUACCAAUCACAGACCUGCACUGUGGUCGAAUGGGAGCUCAGGCCAGAAUUGCCUCCUCAUCAUUGGACCAGACUGUCAAGGUGUGGGAAUUGUCAUCGGGCGAGCUACUUCUGUCCAUCCUGUUUGAUGUGGAGAUAAUGUCUGUGACCUGUGAUCCCAGUGAAUACUACUUGUUUUGUGGGGGAAGCGAUGGAAACAUUUUUCAAGUUUCACUCUGCAGCCAGAAUCUCUGCCGAGAAAAGUCCUUCCAGUCUGAGAGUGAAGGGAACCAGGUGUUCAAAGGUCACAGAAAUCUGGUCACAUGCCUCUCGGUGUCCAUGGAUGGGACUCUUCUCCUCUCUGGGUCACAUGAUGAAACCGUUCGUCUCUGGGACAUUCAGAGCAGACAGAGUGUCCGCUGCCUCUCACAUAAAGGUCCUGUGACAAAUGCCGUCAUCAUGGUGGUUUCAGCCAAUAUGUUCCUGCCCGACAGUCGGCCUGCUAUCCCCCUGCCCCGCUUCAGCAGACACCUGCAUACCUCUGAGGGCAGCGGAGAGGAGUUGGGGGAGGUGUGUGUCCGCCCUGGCCUUCAUGCACAGGAGGAGGAGGCGUCGUACCUACAGAAAGCCAAAAGGGUGUACUCACUGAUGAACACUGUGACUGAUAAG